CGGAAGCCCCUCCCGGCGGUGCCGGCGGCGGGCGGGGCGGCGGCGGCGGCGGCAUGGCCAGGGCGCGGGACGCGCUGUGAGAGGCGCGGGGCGAGGAUGGCGGCGCUGCGGGCGCUGCUGCUGCUGCUCGCGGUGGGGGCUCAGGCAGCGAUCCGUUUCACCAAGGAGCCGUACUCCCAGGACGCCCUGCAUGGCCGCGGUGCCAUCCUCCGCUGCGAGGUGGAGGAGCCGGCCCACGUGGAAUUUGAGUGGCUGCAGAACGGGCUCCCCAUCCAGGACACGGAGCAGCGCUUCAAGGAAGGCAGCAACCUCCAGUUUGCUGCUGUCGACCGGCAUCGGGAUGCUGGGGGCUUCCAGUGCGUGGCGAGGAACUUGCAGACGGGGGAGGAGGCUCGCACAGCCAACGCGUCCUUCAAUAUCAAGUGGAUCGAGACGGGCAGCGUGGUGCUGAAGCAGCCGGCCAGCGCAGCUGAGAUCCAGCCCUCCUCCACGGUGGUGCUGCGGUGUCACAUCGACGGCCACCCGCGCCCCACGUGGCAGUGGUUUCGGGACGGCGCUCCGCUCCCCGAUGGCCGCGGCACCUAUUCUGUCAGCAGCAAGGAGCGGACCCUCACCCUGCGCAGUGCCAACCCCGAUGACAACGGUCUCUACUACUGCUGUGCCCGCAGCGCCGUUGGCUCCGUGUGCAGCCAGGACAACUUCACGCUGAAUAUCAUCGACGAGAGCUUCCCCCAGGCGGUGAUCGUCCCGCAGGACCUCAUCGUGACCAAGAACGAAGAGGCCAUGUUUGACUGCCAGUUUGCAGCCGUGCCCCCUCCCACGCAGGAGUGGCUCUUCGAAGACAGCCCCGUCACCAACAGAUCCAAGACAACUGUGUUCGCCAAUGGCUCCCUGCUGAUCACCCAGGUGAAGGCCCGCAGCACCGGUGUCUACAAGUGCAUUGGCCAUGGGCAGAAGGGGAAAGCUCUUGUGCUGAAGGCAACUCUGCGGCUGGCAGAGAUCGAAGACAUGGCACCCUUCUCCCCGAAGGUGUUGACGGCGAACCAGGGGCACCGCGUGUCCUGCGCUGCCCCGCACGGUGUACCCACACCCCAGGUCUGGUGGGAGAGAAACCAGGAGCGGGUCCCCACUGCUGGCAGGGUGUACCAAGAGGCAGAGCAGCUCGUUUUCACCAGCAUCACCGAGGCAGAUGCGGGGACCUAUACUUGCCACGCUGCCAACAAGGCUGGGGAGAAGAAACAGGAGCUCAGCAUCACCGUGGCUACGGUACCCAAAUGGGUGGAGAUGCCCAAGGACAGCCAGCUGGAGGAGAGCAAGCCAGGAUACCUGCAUUGCCUCAGCAAGGCCUCUCUGAAGCCCACGGUCACCUGGUACCGCAACGGCGUCUCCAUCUCUGAGGACUCACGCUUUGAAAUCUCAGAGAACGGGACGCUGCGCAUCAACAACGUGGAAGUGUACGAUGGGACUAUGUACAAGUGUGUGAGCAGCACACCGGCAGGCAGCAUCGAGGGAUAUGCACGGGUACACGUGCUAGAGAAGCUGAAGUUCACCCCUCCACCCCAGCCACUGCAGUGCAUGGAGUUCAACAAGGAAGUUACGGUGUCCUGCUCAGCCACUGGCCGGGAAAAACCCACCAUCCAGUGGACUAAAACAGAUGGGAGCAGCCUGCCGUCCCAUGUCAGCCACAGGGCUGGCAUCUUGUCCUUCCACAAGGUGAGCAGGAGCGACUCAGGGAACUACACGUGCAUCGCUUCCAACAGCCCUCAGGGUGAGAUCCGUGCCACUGUGCAGCUGGUGGUGGCAGUUUAUGUCACCUUCAAGCUGGAGCCGGAGCCUACAACUGUGUACCAGGGGCACACGGCCAUGUUCCAGUGCCAGGCAGAGGGAGAUCCUGUGCCACACAUCCAGUGGAAAGGGAAGGACAAGAUUUUGGAUCCCAGCAAGCUGCUGCCCAGGAUUCAGAUCAUGCCCAAUGGUUCCCUGGUCAUUUACGAUGUCACCACCGAGGACUCCGGAAAAUACACCUGUAUUGCCGGCAACAGCUGCAACAUCAAGCACCGCGAGGCCUUCCUCUAUGUUGUAGACAAGCCAGCAACAGAAGAGGACGAGGGACCCGGCAGCCACACGCCCUACAAGAUGAUCCAGACCAUCGGGCUCUCGGUGGGGGCGGCUGUCGCCUACAUUAUUAUCGUGCUGGGGCUGAUGUUCUACUGUAAGAAGCGGAGGAAAGCCAAGAGAAUGAAGAAGCACCCAGAGGGCGAGGAGCCCGAGAUGGAGUGUUUGAAUGGUGGUGCUUUGCUGCAGAAUGGGCAGACGACGGCGGAGAUCCAGGAGGAGGUGGCUUUGACCAACCUGGGCAGCAGCUCUGGGGCCAGCAAGCGGCACAGUGCCGCUGACAAGAUGCACUUCCCCCGUUCCAACCUGCAGACAAUCACUACCUUGGGUAGGGGGGAGUUUGGUGAAGUCUUCCUGGCCAAGGCUAAAGGUGCAGAGGACGGUGAGGGCGAAGCGCUGGUGCUGGUGAAGAGCCUGCAGACAAGGGAUGAGCAGCUGCAGCUGGACUUCAGGCGUGAGGCGGAGAUGUUUGGCAAGCUGAACCACACCAACGUGGUGCGGCUGCUGGGGCUGUGCCGUGAGGCUGAGCCGCACUACAUGGUCCUGGAGUAUGUGGACUUGGGGGACCUGAAGCAGUUCCUGAGGAUCUCCAAGAGCAAGGACGAGUCCCUGAAGCCGCAGCCCCUGAGCACCAAGCACAAGGUGUCUCUCUGCACGCAGGUGGCCCUGGGGAUGGAGCACCUCUCCAACGGCAGGUUCGUGCACCGGGACCUGGCGGCCAGAAACUGCCUAGUGAGCGCCCAGAGGCAGGUCAAGGUCUCAGCCCUGAGCCUCAGCAAGGACGUGUACAACAGCGAGUACUACCACUUCCGCCAGGCCUGGAUCCCGCUGCGCUGGAUGCCGCCCGAAGCCGUGCUGGAGGACGAGUUCUCCACCAAGUCAGACGUGUGGUCCUUCGGGGUGCUCAUGUGGGAGGUGUUCACGCAGGGGGAGAUGCCGUACACCCCGCUGGCAGAUGAUGAGGUCCUAGCAGGUCUGCAGUCGGGAAAGACGAAGCUCCCGCAGCCCGAGGGCUGCCCUUCACGCCUUGCCAAGCUGAUGCAGCGCUGCUGGGCGCCCAGCCCCAAGGACCGACCCUCCUUCAGCGAGCUCGCCGCCGCCCUCGGGGACAGCCCGGCUGACAGCAAAGCCUGAGCACCUUGCUGGGGAAGGAUGCAGUGGGGCAGGCGGGGCACUGCGGCUGCCCCCGGUGCUCCUGCGGCCUUCGCUGAGCCCGACCCCAACACACGGCACCAGCGGCUGCUGGACUCAAAGCACAAGCCAGUGUACUUCCCUCCCAUACCCCCUUCUCCUCCACGGGUCCGAAAAGCCCGCGGGCUGCUGGCGCCGGGCUCUCCCUCCCCGCUCGCCACGUGCAUAUCUGUCCGUCCGUCUGUGCUAGGCAUGCCUGCGGGCACGGGCCCGCCAUCAGGAACACGAAGUGCCUGGCAUAUGAAGGAGACGCUCCACCACCUUUCCCCGCGCUCCCUCCCCGUGCCUUUUUUUGUACGACUCCUGGGGGCAGCGCCCUCCUCCUCCUCCCCCCUCCCCGGCGUGCUGCCUCCUCCCCACCAUAGUAUUUCUGUUACUGGAACGCAGCCUAGAGUGGGUUAGUUUGUUUGCUUGAGCGGAGGGUACCGCAGCCAAGAACGGUUGGGUUUUGUUGGGUUUAUAUGUGCUGCUCUCAAUAAAGAAGGCUUUUUUUUUUUU